AGUCAUUUUACUCGGAAUUCAAACGUUUUACAAUGAUUAACGCAAGUAAAAUACGCAAUACGCAUUCCAUAUUCAUGCACACGAAAACAUUUGAAACCAUAUUAUUUUUUCAAAUACACCCUUCACACGAAGAAAUUUCUUGAAAUCGCUCAAAAUGACCAAAUGUGAAGAAGAAACAUCCCAUCAUCACCAAGAAGUAGACGUGAAAUUGUUGCAGUUACAGAAAUUUUUUUCUCAGGGAAAAUGAUGAUUCGGAAUCGAAGGUUGCAUCGAUAUGGUUUUCAAAACGAUUCUUCGUGGCGAUUUUAUUGUUUUUUGGGUACGUUUCUUAUGCUAUGGGAGGUCAAGUUGUUAGCAUAGCAAUAGUUGAGAUGGUAUCCAAAAAAUCAGACUCUUCAAAUAAUCAAACAACCAGCACAAAACAACCAACAUUUCAAUGGAAUUCACUAACGGUUGGAAUAAUUCUAAACACAUUUUACUACGGUUCCUUGUUCUCUCCUCUAGGAGGAUACUGGUCCAGUAGAUUCGGAGGAGUUGCAACUUUUGGAAUAUCGAUGAUGUUGGCAGGUCUGCUGGUAUUUCUGACUCCAUUCAGCUUGAGCAAUCACUUUUACUUAUUCUUACUGGUUCGAAUAUUGGUAGGAGUGUUGGAGAGUUUUUGCAAUGCAAGCAACGCUGAAAUUUUUACACGUUGGUUUCCAAAACAAGAACGGCCAAUUUUCAUGGCUUGCGUCAUCAACGGUUUAUACUUUGGUACAGCUGUAACAUCACCUUUUUGCGGAUUCCUCAUCCAUAAGUGGGGAUGGCCGAUGGCAUUUUAUGGUGCAGCUUUUUGCAUUUGCUGGUCUCUACUGUGGCUGUUUUUGGUCCAAACUGAUCCUUUGAAGGAUAAAUGGAUUUCAGAAAUUGAACGCAACCAUAUCUUACAAGGAACGGAGAAUAAAAUUAAGAAAACUGAACCCUUCCAAUACAGGAACAUCUUCUCCUCAACUCCAUUCUGGGCUCUAUCACUGAGUAAGUUCGCUUUUGGAGGAGGAGUGACAUUCAUCGUCGCUUACUUUCCUACUUAUAUCAAAGAUGCAGCCCAAACAAACAUCAAUAUGACAGGUGUUCUUUCAUCAAUACCCAACUUCGUCAACAUACUGAUAAUACCUAUCGCCAGUCUCUUAAUGACUCAUUGGCAAAACCACAGCAAAUUGAAGGACACAAUGAUACACAAAAUAAUACUCAGCACUGGAUUCAUAUCAGCUUCCAGUCUUUUUGUUGUAAUCGCUUUUGCGAACAGCUUCACCAUAUCCAUGAUCUGUUUUGUACUCAUAAAAAUCAUUUUAUCCAAUAACAAAGUAAUAUUAGAACUCAUAACGGUGAGCAUGGCGCCAAAUCACUCCAGCAUUAUAUCAGGGCUAUCAUUAUUCUGGCAGACUAUUGGUAGCAUUGUUACGCAAAUUUUUAUAGGAAUUUCAGUCAAGAAUCAUAAAUUGGAAGAAUGGAAUUCAUGUUUCUUAUGGGCCGCAGGUGUUUUAGUGAUCAUCGCUUUAAUAUUCGCGAUGUAUGGCUCUAGUGAACCUCAAUCUUGGUCCAACUCACAGACGGAUACAAUAGAUUGGAAAUUCUGAAUUUUUAAAAUGUUUGAAGAAAUUUAAUCUUCUCUG